GCGAUCUCCUCCUAUUGGCUGAGGACUUGGCGAUUUAGUGUUUAACCCCGUGUGCUGCAAACAAUCUUCUCCAUCUCUACAAAUGGCAAACACUGCUAAGCCCGUUCUUCAUGGAUACUUCAGAAGCUCUUGCUCUUGGCGAGUUCGCAUCGCUUUCGCUCUGAAAGGAAUGGAUUAUGACCAGGUUAAUGUAAACCUCGUAAAAGAUGGUGGCCAACAGGUAACAGAUCAAUACAAAAGAUUAAACCCCAUGCAACAAGUGCCUGCUGUGACCAUUGAUGACAUGACAUUGUCUCAGUCGUUGGCGAUCAUCCAGUAUAUUGAGGAAACACGCCCUGGACCUCGUCUUCUGCCCUCGGACCCCAAACAGCGUGCCCAGGUGCGCAUGAUCUGUGACAUCAUUGCUUCUGGAAUUCAGCCAUUGCAGAACCUUUAUGUGAUCAAAAAGAUUGGUGCAGAAAAGGAGUCAUGGGCCAACCAUUUCAUUCAGCGUGGGUUUGAAGCCCUGGAGCCCAUCCUGAAACAGACUGCAGGAGUGUAUUGUGUUGGGGAGGAGAUAUCCAUGGCAGACAUCUGUCUUGUGCCUCAGGUCUACAAUGCUGAAAGGUUUAAGGUGGACAUCGGCCAGUUCCCAACUAUCAAAAGGCUAAAUCAAACACUCUUAAAUAUUGAGGCCUUCAAAGUCAGCCAUCCUUCAUGUCAACCAGAUACACCUGCUGCCGUGCAGGCAUAAACUAAAAGAGCCUUUGUCUACAUUCCUGUCGGAAGAUAGUAUGAUGUGGCUCUUAUAACCUAUCAAUUCAUUAAAAUGCUUUAAUAAAAAUA